AAUUUCAUUGGCUUUUAUGAUAAUUUUUUGAAGUCUUUCACAAAUAUUUUUAAUUACACCGAAGAAAAUAGAGAAAUCUGACAUGUAUCUUUAAUCUCUAGCAUUAUUAAAUUAUUACGACGAUCCAAUAAGGUAAACUCAAGUGGCGGUGUGUUGUGGCUGUUGGUUGGUUUGUUGAGUAUCAGAAUCGGAGCGAAAAUGGGGCGGGGUUGGUGGUGGAAAGUGGCGGUGUUGGCGGUGGUAGUGGCGGUGGUUUGGAGAGGGUGGCAGGUGGGUGGAUUGGAGAAGGAGGCAGCGUUCAAUUUUGUCAGAGAAUGGUCGGAGAAGUUAGGGAUUUGGGCGAUCCCUCUCUACGUGUCGCUCCACACCGUCUCCAUCGCUCUGUGUUUACCCUCUGCGAUCUUCUUCGAAACCGCCGCUCCUCUCCUCUUCGGUUUCUUACCUUCCGUCUUCUGCGUCUUCUCCGCCAAAAUCCUCGCAGCGUCACUCUCCUUCUCCAUCGGCAGGCUGGUAUUCAGGAGUUCAAGCUCAGCAAUGGAGUGGGCCCAAAGAAACAGAUACUUUCAUUUAAUCUCUAGAGGAGUUGAGCGAGAUGGUUGGAAAUUUGUUCUUCUUGCCCGCUUCUCGCCUGUGCCCUCUUAUGUUAUUAACUAUACCUUAGCGGCUACUGAUGUUAGGUUCCUUUUGGAUUUUUUUCUUCCUACUGCUAUUGGAUGUCUCCCCAUGAUCUUGCAAAAUACAUCUAUUGGAAGCCUUGCUGGUGCUGCUGUUGCUUCAGCCUCUGGCUCUAAGAAAUCUCAAAUUUGGUCCUACUUUUUUCCUGUAGUUGGUAUUUUGUCUAGUGUAGUUAUUUCUUUGAGAAUUAAAAAGUAUUCAACCCAAGUUUCAGUAUCUGAAAUCCCCCCCAAGCAAAACUAACACUGAUGAUUCGUGACACAGCUUAUCUGGUAGUGAAGAGACGGGGUACCUUCGAAAAGGUCAAGAGUAAUUUUUUGUUGAGUUAGUAUGAUUAACAUUAUACCCAUGUUCCUAUAAAUGUUUGUUGUUACUUGAUCAUCGUUUAGUCUGGUAGUUGUACUUCAGUUGAGUUAUUUAAACUUUGGUUGGAAUUUUUUUGUUCAA